AUGUAUUCUCAGCUUGACGUGGAUAGAAAGUAUAUUCUCAAAUGGUUGCUCGAUGAAAUAUCUGAGCGAGAGAAAGAGGCUGAGAGAUCAUUGAUGCACAGGUUCAACAUCGCAACAGAGUUGGCUGAGCGUUGUAAGGAUGAAGGAGAAGGUGGCUGUAUUGGUAUAAUGGUUUGGAUGAAAUUCAUGGCCACCAGAUAUCUAACCUGGAACAAGAACUACAACGUGAAACCUCGGUAG